UUCUUUGGAAGUAACCUGCCAGAUUAUCAGAGGUCAGAAAUCAUGAUGUUCAUUAUGGGGAAGGUACCAGUUUUUGGAACAUCCACUCAUACUUUGGACGUCAGUCAACUAGGGGACUUGGGAACCAGGCGGAUUCAGAUCAUGUUGCUGAGAUCCUUGCUUAUGGUCACCUCUGGGUACAAAGCGAAGACGAUUGUUACUGCGCUACCUGGGUCUUUUCUGGAUCCUCUGCUGUCACCAUCCCUCAUGGAGGACUAUGAAUUGAGACAGUUAGUCUUGGAAGUGAUGCAUAACCUCAUGGAUCGCCACGACAACAGGGCAAAGCUUCGAGGGAUCAGAAUAAUACCUGAUGUAGCUGACCUAAAGAUCAAAAGAGAAAAAAUCUGUAGACAAGACACAAGUUUCAUGAAAAAGAAUGGGCAACAACUAUAUCGGCACAUAUAUUUGGGCUGUAAAGAGGAAGACAACGUUCAGAAAAACUAUGAGUUACUUUAUACUUCUCUUGCUCUUAUGACAAUUGAAUUGGCCAAUGAAGAGGUGGUUAUUGAUCUCAUCCGCUUAGCCAUUGCUUUACAGGACAGCGCCAUCCUCAACGAGGACAACCUGCCCAUGUUCCACCGCUGCGGCAUCAUGGCGCUGGUGGCCGCCUACCUCAACUUCGUCAGCCAGAUGAUCGCCGUCCCUGCGUUUUGCCAGCAUGUUACCAAGGUUAUUGAAAUGCGGACGAUGGAAGCCCCUUAUUUUCUGCCAGAGCACGUUUUCAGAGAUAAGUGCACGCUUCCAAAAUCUUUGGAGAAACAUGACAAAAGUUUGUACUUUUUGACCAACAAGAUUGCAGAGUCACUAGGUGGAAGUGGCUAUAGUGUUGAGAGAUUGUCAGUGCCAUAUGUACCACAAGUCACAGAUGAAGAUCGACUUUCUAGAAGAAAAAGUAUCGUGGACACCGUGUCCAUUCAGGUGGAUAUUCUACCCGGCAGCCUCCCUUCGGACGAUGUGGUUAGUAACACUGAAGAAAUUACCUUUGAAGCAUUAAAGAAAGCAAUUGAUACCAAUGGAAUGGAAGAGCAGGAAAAGGAGAAGAGGCGUCUGGUGAUAGAGAAGUUCCAGAAAGCACCUUUUGAAGAAAUAGCAGCACAGUGUGAAUCCAAAGCGAAUUUGCUUCAUGAUAGACUUACUCAAAUACUGGAACUCACCAUACGUCCUCCUCCCAGCCCGUCGGGAACACUGACCAUUACUUCUGGGCAUGCCCAGUACCAGUCUGUCCCCGUCUAUGAGAUGAAGUUUCCUGACCUAUGUGUGUACUGAGUGGCUCAGGAAGACCUCAGCAUAGAAUGUCAAAGCCUGGGAAUGCAGGCCGGGCUCUUUACUUUACAUCUAUAACACACUUCUUGAAAACAGCGGUGGAACGUACAUUUGACCAAAUGCUUGUUAUACCAUACUAGAAAUUUUGAAACUAUAUGUGAUUUCAAGUACUUUUGAAGAUAGAUUUAUGCCAUAUUAAUUUCUUUUGAGGUUCCUGUUGGCUUUAAAGUUUAGCAUGUAUUGGUCUCAACAUUAUUUCAUUGUUAAACAGUAUAUUUUAAACUCUUCUCAAACAUUUUUUUUUUUUUUGAAAAUUAGGCCUUCGAGGGUUGAAAGAUGUAUGAAGUGUCUCUUGUAUUUCUUAAACAUCUACACAACUGUUUAGGAUUUUUGCUUUAGUUUUGGUUAUCUGCAAAAGCAAAGACAUGCUAGUACGCUAGUCCUGGGCUGCUGACUGCCCUGAGGCUUUUGUUCCUGUGUUUCCGAUGUUGCGACAGGCGUCUCUUCAUUCACUUAUCGGGAUACGUGCGAUAGGCGUUCCUCCGCUUGUUUAUGGUAGUGAUGUUUGUUGAAUAAUAUGCCUAGAAUCUGACCCUAAAAUCAGUCGCCAUACUUUAAAGUGUCUGGUUCUUGUAAUACUGUAUUUCCUGCCGAGAGAGUGAUCAUUCUACGUGAGAGGCUUAGAGCUUGCUCUCCAGAUACCGAACUGUGCAAUAUUUUUACAUCAUAAGAUGUAUUAGUUUACAGACUGUGCUUUGAAAUUAUAGUAGUAUUUUGCUGUGGCUCAAUUAAUUAAAUGAGAUAUAUAUAUAUUUAGUAUAAAAAAGACAUUUAAAACAGUUACUAGUUCAUCUGUGAAGAGUACACAUUUUGAUUUUUAUUAAGAGCACAUUAAUUUACAUUUUUAUAUUGUUCAUUGUUUUUAAUCAUCAUAGUCAGAAAAUUACCAAAACAGACUUUAAUUUGUAGGAUUUGAACUGUAGCUUGUAUGCAUUUGUGUUCAAGGUUUGUUAUAUUACAUAUGCGUUUAGGGUUUGUUAUAUUACAUUUAACGGGUGCCUAUGGCUUUAGCAAUCAAGUGUGCUAAGGAUUGUCAGUGUAAGUUCUGUCGGUUUAAGCCACCAAGGUGAUGUGUACUCACUCUACUCACCUGCUGACCGACCCAUGGUAUUGUCUUAAAGCCACAUACACUUCAGUGAGUCCACUACACGGCAAAAUGAACAGUUGUCUUUGCAAGUCUUACAACAUUCUCCUAGGACAUUUCUAUAACAUAACUUGUUUAUAGUUCUACCUUUUUUAUUUUAUUUCUUUUUACAUAAAAAAUACACAUAUUAAAAAUUGUGACUGAAAAACCAGUUUUGGUUUUGGCUUUUGUUUGUAAAAUUGCAGUGAAGAGCGGCAUGCUACACCUUUGGUUUAUGAUUAUCUGGGCACAUGUAGAAGAAACAGAAAAAGUAAAGAAGCAUGCUCAAAUUUUUUUCAACAUCUGAACCAAAGUACAGCAUCUUAAAGCACUUUGCAAGAGAUAGUAGUCAUUGAACCUCUAAAACGACUCUCGACGUCCUGGCCGCUGUAGUACAUGUCCAUGAAGAAGCCCUAGUUUUCUGCGUAACAGCGGUCACCGAGGGCGUCGUGAUCCUAUAGCAGCUGUCACUGUAUUUGCCUCUUGAUCAGCUAAAAUGCGUCACCAUUUAAGAAGCCAAAUUUUGUGUCUUUUUAAUUUUCUUUUUUUCUUCUGUAUUUUUAAAGAAGGAUCUUAAUUGUUGACAGUGCAUUUGAAAGUCAGAGCAGGGGGACAUGCAGAAACAAUCCCCAUCCACUCGGGUGUCACUUCCCAGGUGAGCACUGUGUGCUUCUGUGUGGGAGCGUGGCAUGUGAGAGCUAGGAAAGGAAGACAUGUACUCGUUUGCACUCCUGCUCCAAGGACCCCAGGUCUCAGCGUGGUCGGUGCGUGUUGCAUGGACAGGACAACCACUUCUGUUCAUGCUUAUCGCCUUCUCCUGGUCUGUGUGUAAACUGUUGAGCUGGGUUUUGUUUUGUUUUGUUUUGUUUUGUUUUGAAAUCCCAGUAGCCUUCUGUGUGCCCUCGGUUAGUGAGCUGGUCUUGUUGCCGAGGAUUCCCUGGAAGCGGGUCUGCCCUGUGGCCUGUGCCUUCAGGAGCUCCUGCAGGGGGGUGCGUACUGUGUUGUAGCUGGGCCUGCGGCGGCGAGUGUGGGAUUGGUUGAAGGGCACUGUAGGACUAUAUUUUUGUAGAUACUGAAAAUUCUUAUAAACUGUUAUCACUUUUUUGCUGUAGACAGUUGCUUAUAUCAUAUUUUCUUGACAUUGAAUAGUUAACAUUUAAAUGUUCCUCCUA